AUGCUUGUAAACGAGAAUACAUGCGUAUCGUCUUCGAGAGUUUUUCUCGUGCCAUAUUCAAAGCACCACGUACCGAAAUACCAUGAAUGGAUGAAAGACCCUGAGAUACAAGAAGCUACAGCCUCGGAACCGCUUACUCUAGAAGAAGAGUAUCAGAUGCAACAGAGCUGGAGGAAAGAUGCAGACAAGUUGACCUUCAUCAUCUGCCACCCCAUACCCUUGACGGACGCUUCCGACCGGUUUCAAGCGGCGAACUCCUAUCGAGUUAAGCCUACGAGCGAUGAUGCUCCCAAUCGAAUGAUAGGGGAUGUAAACCUGUUCUUGAAACUAGAAGAGCAGGGUAGCAAUGACGAGGGCCUAGACUGCACACCAGAAGAAGUCAUUGUUGGAGAGCUAGAGCUGAUGAUUGCGGAGAAGCAGCUGCAACGAAAAGGCUUCGGGAGAGCCAGUCUGAUCUGUUUCUUGAACUACGUCGUCACCCAUAUGGACCAAAUUCUAUCUGAGUUUCAGGGCCAGACUGGCUCUGAGGAAGGAGGACUGGAAGCCACUGCGGGUAAACAACUGGAAUAUUUCGUGGUGAGAAUCGCAGCCAGCAAUGAGCGAAGUGUGGCUCUUUUCAAGAGCCUUGGGUUUGCUGCUGUAUCGGAUGAACCGAACGUCUUUGGAGAAUUAGAAUUGAGGAAGCACGGACUAGAAGCCUCUGGAGAACUGCAAGAAUGGAUGAAGUAUUACGGUAUAGAAGGUUAUAGCGAGUUGCCUUACAACUGA